UUCCAUGCCUCUAGCAUUUGUUGUCUUUCAAGACGUGAGUCACAUUGAUAGUCACCAUAUACAAGCAACUCAAGGAAAGGGGACAAUAGUAAGGAGCCAAAACAACAGAAAAUGCUGGAAGAUGGUUCAUGUAACGAGUGAUCAGACAUGUAGAGGUGGGGAAAUUCAUGUUAUUUUCAAACAAGCCGUCUACGUUAAUCCACAACCACAUGCAGUCGAUCCAGUGGGGUCUAAGUCAUUAAUCUUCUAUAACAACACAGGACGUAGCCAUCACGGAGGAAGGCUUUUUCUACUAUAUAUAAGAGUGGUUUCUACAAACACCUCAAGCAUCAAAGAAAAGGUUUUGCUUAUAAUCUCAGUAACUAGUGUAGGAUCACCAGAUCAAGAUGGCACUAAAGCCAGCAAGACCACUAGCUUUUUUCUGCUCAAUGGUUCUUUUACUGAUUGUUAGUGUUGACGCUGGUGGAAUUGCUAUUUACUGGGGUCAGAACGGAAAUGAAGGUACCUUGGCGGAGACUUGUGCCACGGGUAACUAUGACUUUGUGAACAUCGCUUUUCUUCCAACAUUUGGCAAUGGUCAGACUCCCAUGAUCAACCUUGCAGGUCAUUGCGAUCCCUACAGCAAUGGCUGCACUGGUAUAAGUUCUGACAUCGAAUCCUGUCAAGCAAAAGGAAUUAAGGUAAUGCUAUCAAUUGGAGGAGGAGCAGGUAGCUACUAUCUUACCUCAGCUGAAGAUGCUAGGCAGGUCGCUACUUAUCUUUGGGACAACUUCUUAGGGGGAAAAUCCUCUUCUCGACCACUGGGAGAUGCUGCUCUGGAUGGAAUUGACUUUGACAUUGAAGGAGGAACAAACCAACACUGGGAUGACCUUGCAAGAUACCUUUCAGGAUACAGCAAGCGUGGUAAGAAGGUGUACUUAACUGCAGCUCCUCAAUGCCCUUUCCCCGAUGCCUGGGUUGGGGAUGCCCUGAAAACAGGUCUAUUUGACUAUGUUUGGGUUCAAUUCUAUAACAACCCACCAUGCCAAUAUACAUCUGGAAAUAUUGGAAAUCUAGAAGAUGCAUGGAAGCAAUGGACUACAGACAUUCCUGCAACAAAAAUUUUCUUAGGACUUCCUGCAGCCCCAACUGCAGCUGGAAGCGGCUUCAUUCCUGUAGCUGAUCUUACCUCACAAGUUCUCCCUGCCAUCAAAGGUUCUGACAAGUAUGGAGGUGUGAUGCUGUGGUCAAAAUACUAUGAUGACCAAACUGGAUACAGUUCUUCCAUUAAAAACGAUGUUUAAUUUCUAUAUGGACUCUGGGUGUCAUAUUUGUGUAUGAAAAUCUUGUAACAAUGCCACGAACUCUAUGCUAUAAAUACAUAUUUUAUCAUGACGUAGUGCUUGUUUUAUAAAUGUGGGCAUGAAAUUGAAAUUGCACCUUAUCAACUUCUCCGUUAAUGAUGUUAAAAAAAAAAACACUU